AUGGAGGUGGACAAUCGCACCAUCCUGACUGAAUUCAUCCUCGUGGGCUUCUCAGCAGACCCCCAAUGGCAGCUGAUUCUAUUUGGAAUAUUUCUAACCAUCUACUUGUUGACCUUGUCAGGGAACAUGAUACUGGUUGUCUUAAUUCGUAUAGAUUCGAGACUACAUACACCUAUGUAUUUUUUCAUCGGCAAUCUGUCAUUUUUGGAUUUCUGGUAUACUUCUGUAUAUACCCCCAAAAUAUUGGCCACUUGUGUCUCAGAAGACAAACGUAUUUCCUUGGCUGGCUGUGGGGCUCAGCUGUUCUUCUCCUGUGUUGUGGCCUACACUGAGUGCUACCUGCUCGCAGCCAUGGCUUAUGACCGACAUGCUGCUAUUUGUAGCCCCUUGCUGUAUUCAAGCGUCAUGUCCACAUCUCUCUGUACUGGGCUAGUGUCUGGCUGUUACAUAGGAGGGUUUUUGAAUGCCAUAGCUCAUACUGCAAACACCUUCCGGCUAACUUUCUGUGGUAAAAAUGUUAUUGAUCACUUUUUCUGUGAUGCACCACCAUUGGUAAAAAUGUCCUGUACAGACACCCGUGUCUAUGAAAAAGUCCUCCUGGGUGUGGUGGGCUUCACUGUGCUCUCCAGCAUCCUUGCCAUCCUGGUUUCUUACUUCAACAUCCUUCUGGCUAUCUUGAGGAUCCGCUCAGCCUCAGGAAGACGUAAGGCAUUCUCCACCUGUGCCUCUCACCUGGUCUCUGUCAUGCUCUUCUACGGCUCCUUGCUCUUCAUGUAUUCAAGGCCUAGUUCAACCUAUUCUCUAGAAAAGGAUAAAGUGGCCGCCCUCUUCUACACUGUAGUCAACCCAUUGCUCAACCCUCUUAUCUAUAGUCUGAGAAACAAAGAUGUCAAAGAUGCCUUCUGGAAAGCAACACAGAUAAUAAGACCACACACAUGA